AUGGUGCUCCCCUCCCGGCUGCACUGGGUCCGCAACAGGCCAUGGAGGGACCGCAUCCGCAGGCGGCAGCUCAACCGGCUGCCGGCCAGACUCCCCGAGAUCAUGCUGGUGGGGACGCAGUCCUUCUCGCCAGGGGGCCCCAAUGGCAUCAUCCGGAGCCAGUCCUUCGCGGGGUUCAGCGGCCUGCAGGAGCGGCGGUCCAGGUGUAACUCCUUCAUCGAGAAUGCUUCCGCGCUCAAGAAGCCCCAGGCCAAGCUGAAGAAGAUGCACAACCUGGGGCACAAGAACAGCAGCCCCCCCAAGGAGCCGCAGCCCGCCCGCGUGGAGGAGGUGUACCGGGCGCUGAAGGGCGGGCUCGACGAGUACCUGGAGGUCCACCAGACGGAGCUGGACAAGCUGACGGGGCAGCUGAAGGACAUGAAGAGGAACUCCCGCCUGGGUGUGCUGUACGACCUGGACAAGCAAAUCAAAACCAUUGAGCGGUACGUUCGGCGCCUGGAGUUUCACAUCAGCAAGGUGGACGAGCUCUACGAGGCUUACUGCAUCCAGAGGCGCCUGCAGGACGGCGCCAGCAAGAUGAAGCAGGCCUUCGCCUCGUCCCCGCACAGCAAGGCCGCGCGGGAGAGCCUGGCCGAGGUGCACCGGAGCCACAAGGAGUACACGGAGAACAUGUGCGCCAUCGAGGUGGAGCUGGAGGGCCUGCUGGGCGAGUUCUGCAUCCGGAUGAAAGGCCUGGCCGGCUUCGCGCGCCUCUGCCCCGGGGACCAGUACGAGAUCUUCAUGAAGUACGGCCGGCAGCGGUGGAAGCUGAAAGGCAAAAUCGAAGUCAACGGCAGGCAGAGCUGGGACGGAGAGGAGACGGUGUUCCUGCCCCUGAUCGCCGGGCUCAUCUCCAUCAAGGUCACAGAGGUCAAAGGGCUGGCCACCCACCUGCUGGUGGGCAGCGUGACCUGCGAGACCAAAGAGCUGUUUGCAGCGCGGCCUCAGGUGCUGGCCGUGGACAUCAACGACCUCGGCACCAUCAAGCUGAACCUGGAGAUCGCAUGGCACCCCUUUGACGUGGAGGACGUGACCCCGUCGGCCGGCACGGGGAGCAAGGCGGCCGCCCUGCAGCGGAGGAUGUCGGUGUACAGCCAGGGCACCCCCGAGACGCCGCCCUUCAGAGAGCACGCCUUCUUCUCGAACCUCCCGGACGACACCUUCGAGAACGACAAGGCGGCCGAGCAGAAGAGGCCGCUGUCCCUCAGCUUCGAGGACCUGCCCAACGGGGACUGCGCCCUCCCCGCCGGCCCGGCCGCCGGCUCCCUCGCCACCCCGUGCCCGGCCCGCCCCGAGAUCACCGUCACCCCCGCCGAGCUGCACCGGCGUCCGAGCGCCGAGGACUCGGGCUCCCUGUCCUCCCGAGGCUCCUCGGCGGGCGGCCCGGGGCCCACGCCGUCCCCCGAGGAGGACGCGGAGGGGCCCCCCGGCGCCCAGGCCCGCCCGGCGCCCCCGGGGCCCGCGGCCGGGCGCCUCUUCCUGGAGAGGGCCGUGGCGGAGGCGCUCCUGGGCGAGUCGGACGAGGCCUCGGAGCUGAAGCCAGUGGAGCUGGACGCCUUCGAGGGCAACGUCACGAAGCAGCUGGUGCAGCGGCUGACCUCGGCCGAGGCGCCGGCCGCCGCCGCUGCCACCGCGGACAGGCUGCCAUCCGAGGGGCCGGCGGGCGGCGGGGAGCCGGACGGCGCCCGGGCCUUCCUGGACGGGAGCCUGGAGGACGCCUUCCACGGGCUGUUCCUGGCGCUGGAGCCUCACAAAGAUCAGUACCAGGAGUUCCGGCAGCUGAGCCAGGAGGUCAUGCACCUGGACGAUGUCCUCAAAUGCAAGCCGCCCGGGAGCCGCAGCACGCCCUCCAGCCUGAGCCUGACGGUGGAGAGUGCCCUGGAGAGCUUCGACUUCCUGAACACCUCCGACUUCGACGAGGAGGAGGAGGAGGACGGGGACGAGGGGGGCCGCGUGGGCGGUGCCGACUCGGUGUUUUCCGACACGGAGACGGAGAAGAACGGGUACAGGCCAGCGCACCCCGAGGCCAGGGCGCACCUCAGCGAGGCGCUGACGGAGGACACGGGCGUGGGCACCAGCGUGGCGGGCAGCCCCCUCCCCCUGACCACGGGCAGCGAGAGCCUGGACAUCGCCAUCGUCCGGCACCUGCAGCAGUGCACCCGGCUGGUGCAGCAAAUUGUCCUCUCCAGCAAAACCCCCUUCGUGGCGAGGAGCCUCCUGGAGAGGCUUUCCCGGCAAAUCCGCGUCCUGGAGAGGCUCGCCGCCCUCAGUGACGAGCACCUGGGGAGCAUCGGCUCCGUCCUGGACGCCGUCCCCGAGCUCCGCCAGCAGCCGGCCCUGCUGUCCCUCUGGACGGAGUGCUGUGGCCCCGCGGGCGUGUACCACAGCUCGGCCGACCGGCUGGUCCAGCAGCUGGAGGCCAGCUUCGCCGGCGCCAUCGAGGCGGACUACCCGGGCCUGGCAGACCCAGUGUUCCGGACGCUGGUGGCCCAGAUGCUGGACCGGCCGGAGCCCCUGCUGCCCCCCAGCCUGGCCUCCGAGGUGGUCACCGUCUUCCAGUUUCACGGCUACUUCUCGGGCCCCGUGGCCGGCGGCCUGGAGGGCCACGUGCGGCAGCUGGCGGGGCAAGUCUCCAUGGCGCUCAGCCUGCAGUCGCUGCGGGAGGAGAAGCUGCGGCAGGCGGUCAGCGGCCUGGCGCCCAGCGGCCUGCCGGCCCAGCAGGAGGUGCUCCGGGCCCUGGCGCUGCUCCUCACCGGGGCCGACCGCGGCGUCAGCCAGGCCGUGCGGCUGUACCUGGAGGCGGCCGCGGGGAACCAGCAUUUCAGGGAGAAGGCCCUGCUUUACUACUGCGAGGCCCUGACCGCCCGCGACCUGCAGCUGCAGAAGGCGGCGUGCCUGGCUCUGCAGAGCCUGCAGGCCACGGAGAGCGUCAGGAUGCUGGUGAGCCUGUGCCAGUCGGACGUGGAGGAGAUCAGAAACGUGGCCACCGAGACCCUCCUAUCUCUGGGGGAAGACGGGCGGCUGGCCUACGAGCAGCUGGACAAGUUCCCCCGGGACUGCGUCCACGUGGGAGGCCGCCACGGGACCGAGGUGGCCACGGCCUUUUAA